GACCUCUUUUGUUUUAUCUAUAUUUGAGGGUAAUUGUAGCUAAAAACGUGAUUGAACUCGUAAGAAAUUUCUUUUAUUUGAUUGUUUUGUGUUACAGGGUAUUUUCCUUUUAAAAAUAUUAGACGAGUGUAAAAAUGGUAUAUUUAAUUUAGAUAGGAGGAGGGGUAAGUUGGUGAUUUGGCAUGAAUUUGUAAGUUUGUGGUGGGGAAGUGAAUAAUGGAGGAAUGGGAUGGGCCUACAGUAUAAGUGGAGAAGAAGAAAUAGCCGUUGGGACUUAGGGGUGCGGACAGAGAACACAUAAAGAUAUGAGAAAACAACAAAUAAAUAUGUAUAGUUUGUAAGGAAAAACUAGCCGUUUGUCUUUGCAAGAAAACUACUUAGAAGGAAGAAAAAGAGUACAAUACAUAUACAUACAUCUACUGUGCCCACCACACCCACCUGACAAUUGUCUUCCGUUUUUCCUCUCUCUUCCCAACACAAGAUUCCUCACCCCGCGCUCCCCACUCAUCCUCACGUGCCCCUCUUUCUUCCCAUUCCUACAAAAUCUUCAACCACCUCUUCUUCCUCUUCUUCCUCAAUCACUCUCUUAUGGACACUUUCUCUCACCAACUAAUCAUUCAAAGUCUCCCACUUUUUCUUCCUUAGUUCACUUCUUUCUUGCUUCCUUCCUUCUAUUUUUCCUUUUGUUGUAAUGGGGACCGAGAACCUCACCUCAAAUAAGCAUUUUCAAAAUGGGGUGAGGAAUGUGGGAAAUGCUCAUUUUUUGCGCUUGUUUUUCCUUUUGUGGUUUAUUGUGGUGGCAGUGUUUGGUGAAGAGCGUUGGGAUGGGGUUGUUGUCACACAGUCGAACUUCCUGGCACUUGAGGCAUUCAAGCAAGAGUUGGUUGAUCCCGAAGGCUUCCUCAGAAGCUGGAAUGACAGUGGCUAUGGAGCUUGUUCUGGAGGUUGGGUUGGUAUCAAGUGUGCCCAGGGACAGGUUAUUGUGAUUCAGCUUCCAUGGAAAGGGUUGAAGGGGCGUAUCACCGAGAGGAUUGGCCAACUUCAAGGGCUAAGAAAGCUUAGUCUCCACGAUAACCAAAUCGGUGGUUCGAUCCCUUCAUCACUGGGAGUUCUUCUCAAUCUGAGAGGGGUUCAACUCUUCAACAAUAGGUUCACAGGCUCUCUCCCUCCUUCAUUAGGUUCAUGUCCUUUGCUUCAGUCUUUAGACCUCAGUAACAAUCUGCUCAGCGGGACAAUCCCGAUCAGCCUUGGGAAUGCCACUAAGCUUUAUUGGCUUAACUUGAGCUUUAAUUCCUUCUCUGGCCCAAUACCAACUACCUUAACUCGCUUAACUUCUCUCACUUACAUAUCUCUUCAACACAACAAUCUCUCGGGUUCUAUUCCUAAUUCGUGGGGUGGUAGCUUGAGGAACCACGUCUUUCGCCUCCAAAAUCUGAUCCUAGAUUAUAACUUCUUGAGUGGCACCAUUCCUGCUUCUUUGGGCAACUUGAGUGAACUCACAGAUAUUUCUCUCAGUCAUAACCAGCUUACAGGACCUAUCCCAAAUGAAAUAGGAAGCCUUUAUAGACUUAAGACGGUAGAUUUUUCUAGUAAUGCAUUGAACGGAAGCUUGCCCGCCACUCUCUCUAAUGUGUCCUCUCUCACUCUCUUGAAUGUAGAGAACAACCACCUAGGUAAUCAAAUCCCAGAAGCCUUGGGCAGAUUGCACAAUCUAUCUGUUCUAGUUCUUAGCAGAAACCAAUUCAGUGGCCAUAUUCCUCAGAGUAUUGGAAACAUGUCAAAGCUUACACAGCUUGAUUUGUCAAUGAAUAAUCUCGGUGGAGAAAUUCCAGCAUCCUUUGAAGAUCUGAGUGGUCUUGAUUUCUUCAACGUUUCUCAUAACAACCUCUCUGGUCCGGUUCCAGCCCUACUUGGGCAUAAAUUUAAUUCAAGCUCAUUUGUGGGAAAUAUUCAACUGUGUGGAUAUAGCCCUUCCACCCCAUGUCCCUCGUCAGCUCCUUUUGGUUCACCUAAAGAAAUAUCAGAAAACCGUCGACACAAGAAACUAGGCACCAAAGACAUAAUUCUCAUAGUAGCAGGAGUGCUCCUUGUUGUACUGGUAACACUUUGCUGCAUUCUGCUAUUCUGCCUGAUCAGAAAAAGAACAGCAUCAAAUGCAGAGGGUGGCCAGGCCACAGGGAGAGCAUCUGCAUCUGCUGCCACGACAGAAAAAGGAGUCCCUCCUGUCGCAGGUGAAGCUGAAGCUGGUGGUGGUGAGGCCGGAGGUAAACUAGUCCACUUUGAUGGACCAUUGGCUUUUACAGCUGAUGAUCUCUUGUGUGCAACAGCGGAGAUAAUGGGAAAGAGUACGUAUGGAACUGUUUACAAGGCUACAUUAGAGGAUGGAAGUCAAGCUGCAGUUAAACGAUUGAGGGAAAAGAUCACGAAAGGUCAGAGAGAAUUCGAAUUUGAAGUUAGUAUUAUAGGAAGAAUUCGACACCCAAAUCUUCUGGCAUUGAGAGCCUAUUACUUGGGACCCAAAGGAGAAAAGCUUCUAGUAUUUGAUUACAUGCCUAAGGGAAGUCUUGCUUCUUUCCUACACGCUCGUGGGCCCGAAACAGCCAUUGAUUGGCCAACAAGGAUGAAAAUAGCGCAGGGAAUGGGUCGUGGCUUGUUAUACCUUCAUUCCAAUGAAAACAUUAUUCACGGAAACCUUACGUCCAGCAAUGUGGUGCUGGAUGAGAAUACGAAUGCUAAAAUAGCUGAUUUUGGCCUUUCUCGGUUGAUGACAACUGCUGCUAAUUCUAACGUGAUUGCCACUGCUGGGGCAUUGGGAUACCGAGCACCUGAGCUCUCGAAGCUUAAGAAAGCCAACACAAAAACUGAUGUAUACAGUCUUGGUGUCAUCUUGUUAGAACUCCUAACGGGGAAGCCACCUGGUGAGGCUUUGAAUGGCGUGGAUUUACCUCAGUGGGUUGCCUCCAUUGUCAAAGAGGAGUGGACAAAUGAAGUUUUCGAUGUAGAGUUGAUGAGAGAUGCUUCAACAUACGGCGACGAAAUGCUGAACACGUUGAAGCUUGCUUUGCACUGUGUUGAUCCUUCUCCAUCAGCACGACCAGAAGUCCAGCAAGUCCUUCAGCAGCUUGAAGAGAUUAGACCGGAGAUAUCAGCCAGUUCGGGUGACGAUGGAGCCAUCCCUUCCACCAGUGAAUGAGUAUUUAGGACUAACGUAGUAGUAGAGUAGCUACUUUAUUAUUCUUUCAUUCUUACAUCAAUUUCUUUUUGGCCUGCGAGGAAUUCUAG